GUUUUUACGAGCAGAAAAACAUCGAUAGCGUCGCCCAGCUGAAAAGUUAGAACACCUUUGACGCAAGCUGAUUUUCAUGCCAUUUCUUGCGCGGCUGAUACAGUUACGGAAUCGCGUUCGUGACGGGUGGCGCGCAGGCGCAUGGUGUAGUAAUAUUUUGUUUUUCAACAUUUUGCGUUGAUGUGGUGGUAGUAUGUCUGUCCCAUACUCUGGAACAAAAAAGUUCGCAAAUGGAGUGAUAAGUGCCAUUAUCAAACAACUGAAAACGGUCUCACUGAAGCCAGCAAAACGUGUUGUUUUCAGAUUCGAUCCUUUCACUCAGCCAUCGCAGCAAGUCAGGAAUUUGAUGUGGUAUAUGUCCGCGGGGUCGAUCCGUGAGACCAAUCCCAAGUGCACCUUCAAGACGGAGAUCGCCAACGACCGCGGCGAACCGACCAUCCUCGUGCAGCUCGACUCCGACAAGUCCGUGCUCUUCAAGGCGGGAAACCUGACCGAGCUGGAGGUCCUCCAGCUGUGGAAUCAGCACAUCACUCCCCUGGCGGCCCCCACCGACGGACCCGGCAAGAGCGCAGCAGCCGGCGCGGGCAAGACCAAGGCCGGUAAGGCCCGACUGCGCUGAGUUACCUCUACCGCUCCCGCCGCUGCCGCCAUGUCCAUGUCGCAGAAGAAGUACCAGUCGACGCGGACCAUCACGAGCGCCAUCUACGGCAGCGUUCCGGCCUUCACGGACGUGUUCGAUGAGGAGACGUUCUACAUCGCGUUCGGCACGCUCGUGCUCGUCACCGUGCUCACGGCCUUCGUGCUCAGCCGAUACGUGACGCUGCGAGCCGUCGAGUGACGUUCCGUGCUGCCGUCAGUGAGACACCGUGCUGAUCUGUGACGCCACGAGCUGACGUGCAGUGGGGACUGUCGGGAGAGGGCGCGGUCUCACUCUCGGCGGUGUACCGGUCGCUGUGACGCUCUGAUGCGGCUGUCCCGGCGGUGACGCGGCUGGGUCAGACUCCGGUCAGCUAUGGCAGCCCGGCGUUCCCCGCCCCGGCCCCGGCCGAGUGCCCGGCGCCCCUCGCAGUGGUCCAUCUCCUGUGGUCUGCGGUCCCUCCUGGCGGGCCGUUCGGCCACCUAGUCAGCCGGGACCCGCUCAGUAUCUCGUGUAGUCUCGCUCCAAUUCGGUCUGGUGUGUGAUUGGGUAGAUGUGUGCGUGUGUGCAUUCUCAUUUACAUAAUAUACCUAGAUGUGCUCGGUCA